UGAAGAAAUUCUCCGCAUAUUACACACUUGACCUCUUUUCAAACCGAAAGUCAUAUAAUAUCGCAAUCCAAUUUCUACAUGUCGAGCUGUGAUUUUCUUGUCUUAGGAGGUGGCAUUGCUGGUGUCACAUGUGCCGAAACGCUCUCUGCAUUAUGUCCCAGCAAGUCCAUCUUUUUGUUAACGGCUUCAAAGCUCAUUAAAGCAGUUACUAAUUACCACAAGGUAACAAGAACUCUGGAGCAGUUUGAUGUUGAAGAACGCCACAUGUCUACAAUGGAGGCAGAAUGUGCCAAUGUCAAGGUCAUUCAGAAAAUAGUGAAGUCUUUAGAUACAGACAAACAUGAAGUUUUGACAAAUGAUGGGUCAGUAAUACAGUAUGGAAUGCUGUGCAUAUGUACUGGUGCAAAACCAAAGGUCAUUGCAGACAAUCCACAUGUGUUGGGUAUUAGAGACACAGAGAGUGUGCAGGCAUUUCAAAGACGUCUCCAUAACGCAAGACGAAUCAUCGUCGUUGGCAACGGAGGCAUUGCCACGGAGCUGGUGUACGAGGUGGAGGGCUGUGACGUGAUCUGGGCCAUCAAGGACGCCUCCAUCACCAGCAAUUUUAUUGACCCUGGGGCUGCACAGUUCUGCCUUCCCGGCCUGAAUGCUGAUAAGAAGUUGGCUGAUAGACCUAUAAAGAGGUUGAAAUACACAGAGCAAGUAUCUGCCCCAUCUGGUGCCACAAAUCGGGCGUCUGCUGCAUACGGCAGUGCACUAGGACCUGACUGGAUGGUUGACCUGGAAAUGACAGGAUCAAAAGAGAGAGGUCACAGGAUUCAUGUGGACUAUGAGGUAGAGGUUGCAGGCAUCUACUCUCCAACAGAGUUAUCUGACUCCGGAAAAUCAGCCACUGCUUUUGAGGGUUCGCUGCCAGAUGACUGCUGGCCUGUAUAUGUGGAGCUUACCAACAAAAAGAUCUACGGUUGUGACUUUGUUGUUAGUGCCACUGGUGUUGUACCAAACACAGAACUGUUUGCUCCAAAUAAUUUUUCUAUCGGAGCAGAUGGGGGUAUCAAUGUUGACAGCACCAUGCAGACGUCUAUUGCAGACGUGUAUGCAGCGGGGGAUGUCUGUAAUGCAUCGUGGGAACACGCACCUCAUUGGCUACAGAUGAGGUUAUGGUCCCAGGCUAGGCAGAUGGGAGCCUAUGCUGCAAAAUGCAUGGUGGCCAGAAGUCAGGGUGCAGACAUACACAUGGACUUCUGCUUUGAACUCUUUGCACAUGUCACCAAAUUCUUCAAUUAUAAAGUAAUACUGUUGGGUAAAUUUAAUGCUCAAGACCUUCAAGAUCAUGAACUUCUGCUGAGAGUCACAAAAGGUGAGGAAUAUGUGAAGGUGGUGCUGCAAGACAACCGGAUGCAGGGAGCAGUCCUGAUAGGGGACACUAACCUUGAGGAGACCUUUGAGAAUCUCAUCCUCAACCAGACCGACCUCACACUGCUCAAGGAACAUCUGCUGGAACCUAAUGUAGACAUUGAGGACUACUUUGACUGAAUGUCAACCAGACCGACCUAACACUGCUCAAAGCACAUCUGCUAGAACUUAAUGUGGACAUUGAAGACUACUUUGACUGAUUUCAAUUUAACUUAAUCAUCUCAUCUUUGUCUGUGGUCCUGCCUGCUGACCAGCUUCCUUCAGGCAUCUCAGUUCUGGGCACGUCUCUCCGGCUGUCCUUGAUAUCAUAAGUUGGUCCUAGUGUAGGCAUUGAGAACUACUUUGAUUGAUUUCAUGGUCUGCAUUGGUCUUUGGUGUUCACAAGGACAAUUUACUUGAACUAACUGUAGACAAUGAGGACGACCAUUAAAAAUAGAUAUGACAGCUGUAAGCACAAUGGCAGUUAUAUCACAGCGAGUAUACAUUUAUUACCGUUGUCAUACAUUUGUUAAUGAUAUUACUGUUUUCCCAUGACAUAAAAUGAUAUCUUACUAUUCUCGGCAAUAACAUCUCAUACAAAAUUGAAUGUUUUAGAAAAUGACUUUGGUUUCCGUUAUGAUGCUUUCUUGAAAACUCAUUUAUUUGCAGCUUUAUUGGUUUCAAAGAAUAGAUCAAUGCUUUUCUUGAGGUUUAAGAUUUUCGAUGUAAUUAUUAACGGUAAUAGACCAAGACUUAAGAUUGUGGCCAAUACAGCAUUUGAGUUGAACUUCGUCAAUUGUUUUGCUUGUGGUGAAAGUUUGCAUUCAAGUUUGAAAAUAUGUCUCUAAAGAUGUUGAAACUGACACGACCCAUAGCUCAAAAAAUAGAUUAGUCGAGUUGUAUUAGUGUUAAUAGGAUUAUUUAGUGUGAGGCAUUUUAAAUGUUAAGGCAAUAUAUUUUUCUGUGCCAAAUGUUUGAUCUUUUAUUUGUUUCAGGUUUUACUGUCUUUCGUAGCUAGCAUUGCAAAAAGUUUAAUCAGUAAAACUGCACUAACAUGUUAACUUUGCAUCAAAUUAACAAUUAUGUUGACAAUAAUUAUUGAAGUUUUAUUAAAACAUUUGAAAUACA